ACGCCAUUUCAGUCUGAAUUCUCUCUUCCUUCUAACAGAGUAACAAUGGGCGAGAACAACGAUACAGUAGAAGAAGGUCACAACAAAACUUCCAAAGAUCAGAACAACGACUCCUCCUCCUCCUCCUCCUCCUCCGUUGUUUUCAAGAUGGAUUUGCACUGCAUUGGAUGUAUCUCUAAGCUUAAGAAGCUCCUUUCUGCCACCUACAAAGGCGGCGUUGAAUGCGUAAAAGCCGAUUUGGACUCCAACAAGAUGACGUUGACAGGAAAAGUAGAUCCAAUGGAGGUCCAGAAGUUUCUCGAGCACAAGACGAAGAAGAAAGUCGACCUAGUCUCACCGCCUCCUCCGCUAAAGAAGGAUUCUGCUGCUGCUACAGUCCAUGAUGCAGAGAAGAAGAAGAAAGUCGAAGAAAAAACAGAGAAAAAGCAAGAUGAUGAUAAGAAAUCAAAAGAGCCUCCUCAGGAAACGACGACGACGGCAGUUAUGAAGAUGAGCCUACAUUGUGAAGGAUGCAUCGAUAAGGUCUACAAGUAUGUUACGAAGACCAAAGGUUAUGAAGAGAUUAAGAUAGAUCGGGAAAAGGAGCUUGUUACGGUAAAAGGAACAAUGGACAUGAAAGCAUUGGUAGAAUUGCUGAAAGAGAAGCUAAAGACGACGGCUGUAGAGAUUGUCCAGCCGAAGAAGAAAGAGAUCAAAGACGAGAAGAAAGAGAUCAAAGAUGGUAGCGAUGGCGGACGGGAAGGAAUCACUACGACGACGAUGAUGGAAGAAAACAAGAUACAGUACUACUCCCCCAUGGGAUACUAUGGAUAUCCACCAGCACCACCGGUUGCAAGUCCGGCAUUAGGAGGAGGGCAGAGUGUAUGGGGUGGUUAUCCAAAUCCACCUGGAUUUGUGUUCAGCGAUGACAAUCCUAAUGCUUGCUCUGUCAUGUGAUGAAUCAAUGAAUGUCAUCGAUUGCCAUUUGCUACUACAACAGUCGAAUCGAAGGAAUCUGUAUAUACUGAUCGAGUGAAGAUGGAAACGGACAGUUCAGUAAAAGUAAUGGCACUAAGAAGAAGAAGAAGAAGAAGAGGGCAGCUAGCUAUUUUUCGGAUCCAUUAACUUGCAAUGUCCUUUCUUUUAAUUAAAUAUCAUUUUUCUA